AUGAACCGCCAACGCGUGUCAGAGACCAGAGGCGCUGCACAACGGUGUUCAUGCACCUGCGAAAGACUGGAGACGGGAGACGGAUUGGCAGCGCAACAAAAUCCUCAAGAAGCCGCACUAAUAGGCGGAUAUGGCCGUCGACGGGGCUGUUUACAUGGCGAAGACUAUGUUGUCACCGAAUCAGGCAGACGACGUAUAGAUGAUCUGGCGAUUCAUGAUCGCCAAGCAAAGGUGCUAUCGAGAAACGACAACGGAGAAUUGCAGUUCUCGCAGAUCGCUUUUUGGAUCCACAGCAAACCGAACGACUCAGUUGACUACUUUGAGGUGGAGACGGAACACGGUCAACGCAUAUCGCUUACGAGAGAACAUCUGAUCUACAGAACAAAUUGCAUCAGUGAACGGCAAAGGAGCAUAACAGCUGAGCAUCUGCAGGUCGGAGACUGUGUCUUCGUGAUUCAGGACGAAGAACUGACGCAGACGCGAGUGAAAGUGAUCACCAUCAAGAAUAAGGUCGGCAUUUAUUCACCGGUAACAGAGACGGGCAGCAUAAUAGUUAACGACGUCCUCGCCUCCUGUUACACGACCAUUGAGAACGAAUCAAUUCAAAAACUACUUUUCAAGUACGCCAUAGUACUUAACAAAAUCAUCAGGAUGCUACUGCCACGUUCGAUUUACGAACUGAUCUUUGUACCGGAAGAAGGUUCCGUACCACCUGCCAUUAUCAGCGCAUUCAGCAUCAGAAAGUUAAUUCUUAGUUAG